AUGAUUGUGACAUAUGAUAGGCGUUCCGUGUUUGAAGCAGCAACUAAAAUUUUAGCCCGUCAGCCGAUCAGGUUAAGGCAGCAGAUUUCUAAUUUGCAAGGUAGCCGUGCUCAGAUUCGGGGGAUUGCGACACAUACACUGGCAAUGCAUGCCAACACUUCAGUAGCUACUGGUUUGCAAAGUGCGAAUGAAGCGAUGGGAGCUUUGAAUAAGCAAAUGGAACCUUCCAAGCAGAUGAAGACAAUGCAAGAAUUCCAAAAACAGUCAGCGCAAAUGGAUAUGACGAUGAUGGCUGAUUCCAUUGACAAUAUCUUAGACGAUGAUCAGACCGAGGAAGAGACUGAAGAACUAGCUAACCAGGUUCUGGAUGAGAUUGGCAUUGAUAUUGCCUCACAGUUGUCCUCGGUUCCUAAAGGAAGAAUCGCUGGAAAGAAUGUUCAGGCUGAUGAAAGUUCAGAGCUGGAGGAACUAGAGAAGAGGCUGUCUGCUCUGAAAAAUCCAUGA